AUGCUUUUCUUAUUCGCUUUAAUAUCCUUCCCUCGAUCAUCUUCCUUACCUAUCAACAACAAAAGAAAGAUGUCUCCAUUCCCAUUAAAAGGAGCUCCAACAAGGCCUCGCAAAAACAUGCAUCGUCUGUUACAAAGGCAUCUUAAUGAAACAUCUACACCAGCUGCUACAGUGACAUCCCCUUUGGUUACCCCUACAUCCACACCAACAACUGUAUCAACCCCAUCAACAACACCAGCCCAAUCAUCUUCCCCUACCUCCACAACAAUCCUAUCCACACCGGUUUCUUCUGAACAACAAGACAUACAGCUAGAAGGACACGUACAUGUUAAAGUGCGCGAGAAUACGUUAUUACCUUCAAAUACAUGUUCAUCCAUAAUUAAGAAAUCAUUCCUAGACAAAGUGGAUGAAAAUGGAUAUAAGUGGGUAACUAUAAGCGAAGAAAUAAAACAAUUUUAUUGGGAGGAGUUUCAGAAAAAAUGUCAGUGGGAUGUUGCAGUUGGUGACUCGGAGGAAUAUACGGGACAAGCUCCUUCAUGCUAUGAUGUAUUCAUGUUUACCCAUACUAAGGAUCAUGACGGGAAGACUUUUCAAGUUGACAAAGCUAAAGAAGUUCAUGAGUAUUUUGUGUCUCAACGUGCGGAUUUGGCACUCCUAGGAGAGGAAGUUGAUGAAAGUGAACUGUUUUAUAAAGCUGUCAGAGGACAUGACCGUAAGAAAAGAAUUUAUGGGCUUGGAUCAUAUGGCAGGUCCAUUUUUCCUGAAAACUCUUCUCAAACAUGCACUUCACCGGAGACAACUUCUCAAAAACAUCAUCUUGAGACAAAAAUCCAGAAACUAGAGGAAACCAUAGAGCAACAAAGAACAAAGUUGAAUGUUGUGAGAAACAUGGUCAAUGAUAUGAGAAACACAAAUAAUCAGUGACACGUU